AUGAAGAUUAGCUAUUCAGUAAUGAUCCUGCUAUCAAUCAUUGCCUGUUGCCAUGGCCAAUAUCAGUAUCCACAACAAAGGCCGAGUCCGGCUACUGAAGGACCAGGCCAAGCUGGAGUUCCUGUCGACAAUCGCAUUUUGGGUCUCCUCGGCGGUGGUGGAGGCGGUGGAUUAGGUGGCUUGGGCGGUGGCAAUGGCCUUUUUGGCGGCCUUUUGGGAAAUCUUCUCGGUGGAAAUAACAAUCGCCCACCACCACCACCACCCCCACAACCUUAUCCUGGCUAUGGAGGCGGUGGUUUCGGUGGCGGUUAUCCUGGCUAUGGCGGUGGGUUUGGAGGUGGCGCCUAUCCUGGCUUUGGCGGCUAUGGCGGCUAUCCCGGCUAUGGAGGUGGUUUUGGUGGCAAUUACUAUGGUUAA